AUGAACGCCUCAUCUAACGUCCGUAACGUGACAGGUGCUGUGAGUUAUCGAGACGUUUACAGCAAUACUGUGGCCAAAAAUUUGAUCGUUUUAGCUCUGGGCAUAACCAUCAACUACAUCAACGGUGUGCUGAUCCACACCUUCAGGAAGCACCAGGUCCUGAACGUGAAUCCCCGUUACAUCCUCUUCAUCCACCUGGUGGUGAACGAUAUGAUCCAGCUCACUACAACAAUAAGCCUGUUUGUCUUAAGUUAUAUCUUCUACAGAAUUAAUGCUUCACUCUGCUGCCUCAUCAUAACGAUGGCUGUCUUCACCACUCUCAACACUCCACUAAAUUUAGCCGUCAUGGCGAUGGAGUGCUACAUCGCUGUUUGUUUACCUCUGAGACACGCUGAGUUGUGUACUAUCAGAAGAACAUAUGUUCUGAUUGGUGGGAUUUGGGCCCUGGGUGCUGUCUCUGCACUGCCCGACGUCUUCAUCUUUCUAGCAACUGGGCCUGUGCAGGUGUUUCAUUCGGCCAUUUUCUGUGAGAUUAAUAACGUGUUCAGACACCCGGUACAUGAGCAAAAGAAGAAUGUGUGCUACACGAUCUACCUGAUUGGUGUUUGGCUCACACUCUUGUACACGUACUUUAUGAUCUUCACAGCGGCUAAAGGAGCUGACAGAGAUGCAAAGAAGGCCAGGAAUACAAUCCUGCUCCAUGGUUUCCAGCUGCUGUUGUCUAGUCUCACAUAUGUUUACAAUCUGAUGAAGAUGUCUCUGAUCUAUUGGUUUCCUAAACAUUUUGUACAUGUAGGCUUCGUUUUCUACAUCAUCAUCCAGAUCCUUCCCCGGUUCAUCAGUCCCAUCGUGUACGGCCUACGAGACAAGAUGUUCAGACAGCAUUUAACCAAGUAUCUGCUCUGCACAGUGAGAACAAGUAUCAAACCCUGGACUGCAGCCAAACCAAGCGGCAGCAUCAAGAGUUAAGAAAUGAAAUCAAUACGGAAGUGACUUACGCUGCAGUUCCUCAAGUUUCCACUUGGGGCUGUCAGCAGAAGUCACACACAAUGGCCAUUCUGACAGCAGAAAUAAUCAGAUUCACAGCCUGGUACAAAAAACAACAACAUUUGGGUCUGAAGAGUUUUGGUUAAAGCUGGCCACACACAAGACGAUUCUCAAAUAUAAACCGAUUUUAAAACGUUGGAGACCAAAAACAUGAGGACAGCUUCAGAUUAUUUUAAUAUUAGAGUCCUCUGAACGUACACAUGAGACGACUCGGCAAGAACAGGAGACCACACCGGCUGUUUGUAGAAACGACUUCACAGACACGAGAUCUCACAGAAACUCGAGAGAUCAAACUUCUGAUUUUACAUGAUCAAACAUGGAGGACGAUCCACAUCUCCAGCUGGCUCUCCUGCUGCGUUCACAGGGAAAAAUGGAAAAACUAUACGGACGAGAUCCUGGCUGGGAAGAUAGAUUAUGAGCGACUUUAUUUAAUUUGCAGUGCAAGUUGAGGGUUAGUUGUCAAAGUACACAAAACCCCGUUGGUGACGGUUCCAAGUCUGCUCGCUCUCAUUAGAGGUGGGAACAUUUUUUUAUUUAUAUGAAAAUCGAGAUUCUUCUUUUCUGAGAUUUAAA